AUGGAGUGGAAUCCCACCCAGUUCUUUAACGGAUCUAAUGAUCUCCCCGCUCCUUUCGCGCUUGUCGUCCUCAACCAGCCUAUCAACGAGCGAGCUUUUGGUGUUUUGAACGAAAAUGCCUGUUUCACCAUCUGCGCCGACGGCGGCGCAAAUCGUUUCUACGACAUGAUGAAAUCCCAAGAAAAAGAAUCUACCCAUCUCCCCAACGCAAUAAUCGGUGACCUGGACUCCAUCAGUCCAACCGUCCGAACCCACUAUGAGGACCUAGGCGUCCCCGUCAUCGAAGACUCAGAUCAGUACUCGACAGACUUUACCAAAUGUCUCAAAUAUCUGCGUGACCACACAGCUCAGAUAAUCGCAACCGCACGAUCGACCCCAGAAGCGGUCGAGUGGGGUAACCGCCUUGAGAUUCUCAUUCUCGGCGGACUAGGCGGCCGUGUCGAUCAGGCUUUUUCGCAGAUUCAUCAUCUCUACACCGUGACGCAGCAGCAGCGCGCGGAGCGGGAAGUCGCCGGCGAUCUUUAUCUUAUUUCCGAGGAGAGUGUGACGUUUAUCCUGCAGCCGGGAAGGAAUACGAUUCACACGCCCAGGGCGAAUCGGCCGGGUGGCGCGGCUGGGCCGCAGGAUUGUCUGCUUGAGGAGAAUAUUGGGAUUGUUCCGCUCUCUGGGCCGGCGCGGAUCACGACGAGGGGGUUUGAGUGGGACGUUGAGGAUUGGAGAACUGAGAUUGGGGGACAGCUUAGCACGAGUAAUCAUAUUCGGGCUGAUGUGGUAGAGGUUACAUCGGGGGUGUCUGUUCUUUUUACGUUGGAACUGGCGAAGAGGUUCAAGAGGGAGAGGUGA